AUGUUCUCCCCGUUUCGCCCUCAGACCAUACACCAAACCCAGUCCUCCGUCAACUAUCACCAUGUCGAAAAGAUGGGCCACGAUUCUCAGCACUCACCCCACUCCUGGUCUAGAGACACUGGGACCGCUACCAAGUGGUUGCUCGUCAUCGAGUAUGGGGGUGACCUGCUUCCUGCCGGACAGGAAGAGGCCCGAGGUAGCGUACUGGCAAUUCUUCGGCCUACGGCCCACCAGCAGCUUGUCCACUUGAUCCAGGACCUACUCCUCCCCUCGCCUCUUGGUCUCCAUCUCUUCCUCGCUCUACCGGAGCUGGCCGUGGCGCCGGCGAUCUCGGAAAGUGUGUGGCAGCACCUGUUCGCUCCACACUUUCAUACGACCCCGACCCUGUCGACUGAGCAACAUCGCCCCGGACAGACCUUUGGAGGUCUACCGAUCGCUGCGAGACUCCUUCUCAGAUUGGACAAGCAUCAGGCGAGGUGGUACGAGUCGUGGAGGAGGGACCCGCUGGACGGGCUCGUGGAGAAAUGGGUUAACCUGGCGGAGGCCCCGUCAGUUGAGGCGAGGGGAAGAGACAGCGAGGGUCUGAAAGGUGCAGCAGACGACCCUCUGCCGGAGGAUACCCGCAAGGAGCAGCGGCCGCAGCGACCGACAGUAGACACGUUGACCUCGCCGACUCGGGUGGUAGGUGCGAACUCUCCGCCCCGACCUCGGCGUAGCCCUCUUCGUCCGUCGCCGCCUCCUUCUGUCAUCUCGCGAAGGACGUCUCGGCAGCAAGUGGAGAUGGAGAGUCCCAUGCAAGUGACCCCCGAAACUUCACCGCAGAUUCAGACAACCUCGCCCGUUUCACCGGCCUGUCCUUCGGCAUUCUCAGUACGACAAGAUCCUCUCGACUUCUCCACCAGCCAUGUCCCACUCUUACAAGAAGCACUUGCCUCCCCCAUAUCCAUCAUGUCGCUCCACCCAUGCAGUGCCGAGCCCUGGACCCCUCACACCCCUCACAACGAUCCGACUCGGUGGCCGUACCCGGGGUUAGACUCACCUUCCCCGGCGCUGGGGUCCGCGCGAUCCAUAGCGACAUCCUGGGGUCCGCCCACUGGCGGAAGCUUGCCAUCCCCGCUGGAUCCCUUGGGUCCGAAGGACUGGAUCCGCACCCCUGAUCUGGCUGAACGAAGUCGCAUCUCCGUCCCGAACACUCCCCGCUCACCAUCGCCACCGCCGCCCCCGCCGUCGCAUGGGCAUGAUUCGGUGCCCCCGCCACCCAUCCGGCCGACACCGUGGACUCUUGUAUGGCCAUUCUUUACCGCUGUCGAGCUUCCUGCUGCAUCACCGAUUCCACAUGGGCAUGUCGGACACAACCACCCUUCCGAGCCUCCACCACCUGUAGUCGUCCCGUCGAGAGAUCUCUCGCCGUUACCGAACCACCGGCUUACUCCUUGUGAAUCGUCCCAGCCUCGGGCAGACCUGGCUCCCACUGCAGCCCAUCAUGAUACUCCGCCGCGCCCGGCGCGGACUCCGUCCACCUUCGUUCCUUUCGAGGAGAUCGCUUUCAGUGACACCCCCAACCUCUCGCUCGCACUUCGGCCAGCCCCGACUCCAUUCAAGCUUGCUCCCCCGCCCGCGAAGCGUGGUCUCCCUUCCCGACCCAUCAGUCGGUCGCUUCCAUUGUCUACCCUUUCCAACGACUUUCCCGAGACUCAAACCGAAUUCUCGUCGACGAAUGUUCGAGAAUCUCGCCAUGGCGAUAUCUCACCGGAUGAUACUUCUCCCCAACAAUUCUCCAACCUUGGUGCCGAAGUCGACCUCGACUGCCCGAUCCACCAGCCACCGCCGCCACACCCUGCACCGACAUCUCGGGGUCUUCUUCCAAGGCAGAGCAGACUGUCCCUCGCAUCGACGGCGAGUAAGGAGCCCAUUAGGCCCCUCAAACGCGUCUCGCAGACGAUUGGGGGUUUCUCGGAGGGCGGCGUGGACUCAGGGACGACCUCGAAGAGUUUGACAUGGUCAACAGCACAUAAGGGUUAUCCCUUUAUGGAGAUCUAGGCGGUGCCGGAGGACCUGACGAUCAAGGUGCACCGAGAAGAGUAUCCUCACCUGGAGAUCUAUUCUCCUCAAGCGAUCCUCUCUCGGGACACCAUGUCACCAGAGCACGGCUAUCCCAACCUCCAAACCUUGCUCUCCAGCCAACCCCCUCCUGCGCUCCCACCAUUGUCCAUCGUCAUUGCAGUCGGCAAGCUCGACUACCCAGACAUUGUCCUGUACCCGCGAAUGGUCAGAACGGCGAUCGCUCUCUCGCCCCCUGCAAUCGCCAAGUCCGUUGCCCACAUCCCGAUCCUUCUCAGCUGCUUCAAUUAUCCAGACCUCGUCAUUUACCCCUCCUCGGCUGGUCCGACCGAGGUCCACCAAUCAGUCAGGACGUGCCUCAUACCCACCAGACAUUCAUCUGACAAGUGUCUCAUCAAACCCCGCUCCCACGUCAGUCACUUCGUUGACUAUGCUCCAGCGACUGCGCCGCUCAAUGUACUUCUGUGCCGAACGACAAGGUAUCCCCACAUCACCAUCUAUCCUUUCGUGCCUGCUCCGAUCGUCAUUCUCCUCUCGGCGUAUCAGUACCCCAACAUCACCAUAUAUCCAUCUGUUGACCAAGGUCGGCUGGACCGGCCGGGACAAAUCGAUGCGCCGCAUGGCGUCCCAUCGAGGCCCUCCCGCCCGACUCAUCAUCUGGAGGACCUCAUCACCUACGAUCUCCCACGCCGUGCUGGACACGGACGGGCCACGUCAACGUCCAGCCUCCCUUCUACGGUCCUAAGCACUCCGAUCGCGAGCUCGCCACGCAGUCCGCCCCCUCUGCCCAGCAAGUCACUCCGCGAAGGGCUGACGCGCUGCACCUCUCGCGCGACGAUGUUUGACCUUGAUUCAGAGACCGACUCAGCCCCUUUCCGCCCUUCCGGAGGGACCGUUGCGACGACGUCAACAAAAUCACCUCCACUGGGCCUCGCCCGUAACAGGAGUAGCACUCUGGUCUCGGAGAGGACCAGAGCGCUAUUCGGAGAUCACCACAAAGAACCCUCCGUUGUCAGCCCCGCGGUCCGCGUCAGCAGAAGUCGCACCAUCACAUCCGCUUCACGUCCUUCCGACAUGCCUACAGACCAGCCGUCCCCAGGAUCAUACACUCGCGGCACCUCGGUGGGAAAGCUUCCGGCAACGAUGAUGAGGAAAUGGAUCUGA